ACUUUGAUCCCAGAGUGAGCUCGCGGGGCCUCGCGCGGUCAACCGGAGGAAUUCACAUGCGAGGCAGGGUGGCACACGCCCUCUACGUCACCGAGCUGAAGACUCAAAAGUGAAGACGCUCAACUUUUCUGUCUCCACUUUGUCCUCUCGCUCUGUGCUGUCACCUCUUCCGUCCACAGCUGCGGAGACGCAAUGCUGCAGGAGAAACAUGAUCAUUAACUCGGCACGGAAUAUUUCGCAACUAGUCUUCUGACUCACCACGGGCAGCCCUUCACCACAGGUACACUCACUUGGCCGAUUGUUUUUCUAGACCCACCUCUAAAAUGGCCCAACAGAACUACAGCUGUCAUUAUAAUGAGUCCAUGGGCUUCUUCUACAAAAGCCACGAUGAGGAUAAAUGGGACAAAACCAAUCUCAUCCUGGUGCAGGUGGUGGGCUCUCUCUUCUGCUGUUUCAUCCUGGUCUCUAACGCCAUGGUUAUAGCUGCAGUCAUCACCAAUAAGAGAUUUCACUACCCUUUCUAUUAUCUUCUAGCCAACCUCGCCGCCUCUGACUUUCUGGCAGGCAUAGCAUACGUGUACCUCAUGUUUAACACAGGUGAGGUGUCUCGGAAACUUACAGUUAAAGGAUACUUCAUCCGUCAAGGUCUUCUGGAUAUCAGUCUCUCAGCUUCGCUGGCUAACCUGCUGGUAAUAGCUCUAGAGCGCUACAUCUCUGUCAUGAAUUGGAAAGUCCACAGUAACCUGACAAAGAGGAGGGUGACCCUGCUGAUCGUGCUGGUGUGGGCCAUCUCCAUCUUCAUGGGGGCGGUGCCGAGUCUGGGCUGGAACUGCAUCUGCAACCUGAGCGACUGCUCCCGGCUGGCUCCCAUCUUCAGCAGGAGCUACCUGAUCUUCUGGUCUGUGUCUAACCUGGUGGUGUUCCUGGUGAUGGUGGUCAUCUAUACAAGGAUCUACACCUACGUCAAGAGGAAGACGGCAGUGCUGACACCACACACCAGCGGCUCCAUCAACCGCAAGAGGACGCCCAUUAAGCUCAUCAAGACAGUCAUGGUUGUGCUCGGGGCCUUUGUGAUCUGCUGGACUCCCGGCCUGGUGGUUCUGCUGCUGGACGGCCUCAACUGCACGAGUUGUCACGUCAUGAAAUUAAAAAUGUGGCUGCUGCUCCUGGCUGUACUCAACUCCGUUAUGAACCCUUGCAUCUACUCCUACAAGGAUGAGGAAAUGUGGACAACCUUCAAGAACCUCAUGCGCUGCAUUGGUAACGGCACGCGGCGGCAGCGGUCGACGAGGGCCAACGCUAGGCCGCUUAGCUCUGGUCAGGAUACGGGAAACAGUCAGCCUCCCUCAGAGGAGACAAAAAAAGACGAUCAGGGCAUUCUUUGAACCUGAAAAUGUAACUUAUUAAUAAUCAACCAGAACUUCUGUCCAGUUCUUAUUGGACAUAUCUUAUGAAGUUAGAGUUGAAUUGGAAGAGAAACUAUCAGUUGGUCUCAAGGGGUCGUUGUAGUCCUAAAAGUACUUUCUUAGAGAGACACUGCAGGCCAGCUGCUCCAGUGUAGAGCAGUGAAAUGGAGAUAAUGAGACUUUGAUGCACUACUAAUUCCCCAAAUGGAUGCAAAGAUGUGCUUUUUUUAGUUUUUGUCAGGGUUUUACAGUUUUUAGAUCCAGUACUCCCAUUCAUGUGUAUUGGGAGAUUUGGGUUGCUGUUUCAUUCUGCUCUUUUUGUCUUCGUCAUCACAUCCCUGCUGGUUAUUUCAACAUGGACAAUUCUACUCUGCAAUGGCUGAAAAAAGAAUCCAGUAUAAAGUACACAGUGGUACAUUUUUACUUUUAUCCCCCAAAAGGGUCAAAAUCAUCAUGCAAAGGGUGACUUUCUCCCUAAUAUAAAAUGUGUCUACAUCUGAUUGCCUUUACGUUUACUUCCUGUGUAGACGUUAAGGGAAGCAAUGCUGUAAUGGAUGAACUAGUUAAGACGUGCAACUUGUUUGAAGUCAGGUAUGCCUAAUAUAAAGUUGUAGGUUUGCUUGGGCAGGGCACACAUUUAAAAUUGAUUUCCUGUUUUUAAACAGCCAAUGAAAGAUACUGUUAACUGCUGUACCAAAUAUAUCUACUUGUAAAUCCUGUAAAAUGCUUAAAAGAAGAGGUGAGAUAAUUACAAAUGUAUGACCGCUAGUAUCCUCAGCAUGGCCUGCUUGUUUUGACCAUCAUUUGCAUUUUUAAGUCUACAAAAUCACACCCUGC